AUGCCCCCAAGGUCACUAUGCAAGUUCCCUGGAGCGCCAGGUCAAGCCACCUCCAUCCCCCCAGGGGGCUUAUCGUGCCUCCACCUCCGCCGAGGCCGUGGCAGUGACAGCCCCUCCUGGAUGGGUGUGUCUCCGGGGGCGGCCACGGCCCAACCCCCGCCCCUCGGGCCUAGACGGCGUCGGGCACCUCCCGCGGAUCGCGCGUGUCCUCCCAGUCCGCCUACUCCGCGCUGCCGGCCCGGACCGGCCCUGGGGAUCAGAACCCGCCCCCCUCGCGCAGCCCGGGGCGGGGGUCGCGGGGCCGUGUCGGGCGUUGGCGCGGCCACCGAAGGCCCGGCCAGCGCGCGCUCCGGCCCCGCCAGCCUAGACCCAGGCUCCGCCGGCCCCGCCGCCUCCCCGCGGCCUCCCGCGCCGGCGUCGAGGGGCGGCCCGCCCCAGCCCCGCGCCCGCGCCCACGCCGGCACCUGCCGCCCGCCCGCCGCGCGCCCGCUCCGCCACCACUCACCGGGCGCCGGGGCGGCCGAGCCGCCACCGACACCGGGCUGGGCCUGCGCGCCCCGCGCUACACAAAGUGACGGCCCCGGAGCUGCGCGGCGGCGGCGCGUGGGCACCGGAAGUGCCGCCGCCGGCCCCGCCCCGCCCGCGCCCACGGGGGGGCACUUCCGGUCACGCGGGGUCGAGCGCGGCUCCCGCAGGGGGCGUGCGUGCGGGGGCGUCCUCGGCUAUGGUCCCGGGCCCACCCUUGGGGACCCUGGCCCCCCAUGCCCCGACCGGAGACCCCGGCCCCACCCAUGGGGGCCCCGGCGCCCUCCGCCCCUUGAGACGCCUGCGAGGUCCCGCGGCCCUGACCGCACCCCCUCCCCAAACCCAGCUCGGCUUCCUCAUUCAACCAUGAUUCAGGGAGCGGCUUGUGAGUGCCAGACCCGUGCUAGGCCCACCCCGGCCUCGGGACCCUCCCCAGGCUCCACGACGAUGGAGGGAGGCGAUGAUCCCUAG